GCUUUAGCUUUACCUUUGACCCCCCCACUCUAUUCUCUUCUUUACAUAACCUAUAACCAGAUUGAGCACCCACAACUUGCAGGCCCAACACCUUUCUAAAACUUCCCCCUUUAUUAUUAUUUUUUUCCUCCCUCUUUAUUUUUGUUUAGCUCUUCUCCUUUUCCCUUAUUCUCUUCUUUGUGGAGACUGGGAGGAGGGAGGCCUGCAGCCAGAACUUCCUCCUGUCUGUCAAACUAAAAAGCCCUAAAGUUGUGAUCUUUGAGGACAAGAUCUAUCGAGGAUGGAGAAGAAUGCAUUUGAUUCUUCAGCAGAAUGCUGCAUGCUUUUUCUGAAACCAUGGAGCAUGUCACGGAUUGGUUUAACUUGCUAGAUGCGCAAGUUCAGCAUUUAGAUCAAUGGCUUCAAAAACUGUUCCUCAAACUUGCUCUGAACAACUGCUCAAAACACCUGCUAACCAAACAGUAGAGUCACAUUCUCAUAAGCCAUCACCUUUGCAGAUUUCUAAGCCAAGCAAAUCAGAGCCCACUACGCCCAGAAGAAUGCCAAAAUCUGUCAGUCAGAGCACACCAAAACAUAGUGCGGCAGAGGCACCAGACCAAAAACCAAAUCACCAUCGAAAAGAUUCUAUUGACUCUUUACCAGAUAAGGUUCCUCAGAAGACUGUCCUUUCUCCAGAAUCUAAAGAUAUGCAUCCCUCCUCUGGUGGUCUGAAACAACCAGUACAACAAGCAGAUCCAGAGGAACUGCCACAAUUGAAUGGGACCACAGGCUUGGAGGGUAAUGUAGAUCAAGAAAAGAAAAUCUCAGAGCGGAGCAGUGCAAAUGAUAGCUUUGUUUCUGCUAAAGUUAGUGAUGGAACCAGCAGUGUCACAAAGACCAGCGGAAGUGCUAAGAUCAGUGACCGAGCUGACUUUGUUGAGAGUGGAAAGAGCAGCAUGUGCAGGGCUAGUACAAGCACUGAUAUCAGUGAUGAGAGCUCAUGUAGCAGCAUGAGUAGUAGUGCCACAAAGCCUCACAAGGCAAAUGAUUCAAGAUGGGAAGCGAUUCAAAUGGUGCGAGCUAGAGAUGGUGCUCUGGGUUUGAGCCAUUUUCGGCUUCUAAAGAGACUAGGCUGUGGUGAUAUUGGUAGUGUGUAUCUAUCAGAAUUAAGUGGAACAAAGAGUUAUUUUGCAAUGAAGGUCAUGGACAAGGCAUCUCUGGCAAGUCGCAAGAAGCUGCUUAGGGCUCAGACUGAGAGGGAGAUACUGCAGUCCCUUGAUCAUCCAUUUCUUCCAACAUUGUACACCCAUUUUGAGACUGAUAAAUUCUCAUGUCUGGUGAUGGAGUUCUGCCCUGGAGGAGAUUUACACACCCUUCGACAGAGGCAACCUGGGAAAUAUUUUCCAGAACAAGCUGCAAAGUUCUAUGUGGCGGAGGUCCUCCUUGCACUGGAGUAUUUACACAUGCUUGGCAUCAUAUACCGUGAUCUUAAGCCGGAGAAUGUACUUGUGCGGGAAGAUGGGCAUAUCAUGCUCUCCGACUUUGACCUCUCUCUCCGAUGUGCAGUUAGUCCCACCCUUAUCAAGUCCUCAAACCCCGACGCUGAGUCCUUCCGAAGAAACAACCCAGUCUACUGUGUCCAGCCUGCUUGCAUUGAGCCAUCCUGCAUCCAGCCUUCAUGCGUGGCCCCUACCACAUGCUUUGGGCCCCGCCUUUUCUCCAAGUCCAAGAAGGAGCGGAAACCAAAACCUGAGAUUGGAAACCAGGUCAGCCCAUUGCCUGAGCUCAUAGCAGAGCCUACGGAUGCUCGGUCGAUGUCGUUUGUUGGUACACACGAGUACUUGGCCCCCGAGAUCAUCAAAGGUGAGGGCCAUGGGAGCGCCGUGGACUGGUGGACAUUUGGCAUCUUCUUGUAUGAGCUUUUGUUUGGCAAAACUCCAUUUAAAGGGUCAGGUAACAGGGCCACGCUCUUCAAUGUUGUUGGGCAGCCAUUGCGGUUCCCAGAGUCUCCAAUUGUGAGCUUCUCUGCAAGAGACCUGAUAAGGGGACUGCUUGUGAAAGAGCCACAGCAUAGGCUCGCAUACAAGCGUGGGGCUACAGAGAUCAAACAGCACCCAUUCUUUGAGGGUGUGAACUGGGCCUUGAUACGGUGUGCAAGCCCUCCAGAGAUCCCAAAACCGGUCGAAGUUGACUGGUCCCCACGGCCACCAGCAUCAACAAGUGAAAAGGUUGCCUCUGCUGCUAAUCAGAAAGGGUCUGAUAACUAUCUAGAAUUUGAUUUCUUUUAACUGGUUUUUCCCUAAGCUGGAUAAAUUUGUUGUAUCAAGGGAAGGUGUAGAGUUUUCUCAUAUUUCAGGAUGGCAGGUGAUUUCAGAUAUAGAUUGUUAGAGUUCGGUCACGCUGCUUCUGUUGUUUCCAAGUGGACAAUCCAAUUUCCAGAUUUGUAUUCCUUAAUGAAUGCUGAAAUAUUUUUAUCUUUCAUAUGUUAAUUACUCAAAUAUC